AUGAAGCUCACUACUACCAGCUUAUUGUCGCUCGCUGCUUUUGUCUGUUCAACUCAAGCCACUUGGUGUUUGUUUGAAGAUUUAUUCAAGGACUUUGCACCUCAUCAUGUCAACCCAAUUUGUGAGAUAAAGGAUAUCUUAUGUGACACCAAUGAUUCAAAUAGUUCAUCCGAUUCCGACUCGGUCAACUUCAAGUCUGCUUUCGUUGUUAACAGUGCAGAAAAGAAUGCUGAUGGUACUUUUAACGUUGUUGCCAAUUACGAAGCAGACCAAUUUGACCAGUUGCAUCAACACUUUGGUGGUAACAUUGACCUGUUGUCUCUUACUGGUACUGGUUGCUCCGACGUUAAAAUUUUUGGAUCUGGUGCUUCAAACGCUGUUUCGAAUGCUUUCAAGUGGUCCACAAAGUUCCAAUGUAAGCCUGAAUACAAGAAUGGCAAGUGUUGUCUUCCUGAGGGGUUUACAAUCGCAUUCAAGUUUGUUGAAAUUGGUCUUGCUUGGGAAGCAUUGAAGUUGAUUUUUGGUCACAAUUACUGUAUCUAUGGUGUGAUUGCUCACUGGAACUUCGUAAGUGUUUUUGACCCAUGGACUUUGCUCCACCACGAUUUGUCAGUGUUCAAAAGAGACGAAGUUGUUGAUGGUGUUGAUGGCUACUCCACUAUUGAUAAGAGAACCUUGGGAUUCUUGCAAGAUUUGUUGGGUCAAACUACUACUAAACACGCAGGUUUGAAACAAUUCUGCUGGGAAUGUGAUUGUCCAAGUCCAUCAAGCAGCUCUACUGCUCCGCCAAGUACUUCAAGCACUGAAUCGUCUAGCUCAACUCCUCAGUCAUCUACUCCAGCCACUGAAUCAUCUACUUCAGCUACUGAGUCAUCUACUUCAGCUACUGAGUCAUCUACUUCAGCUACUGAGUCAUCUACUCCAGCUACUGAGUCAUCUACUCCAGCCACUGAGUCAUCUACUCCAGCCACUGAGUCAUCUACUCCAGCCACUGAGUCAUCUACUCCAGUCACUGAAUCAUCUACUUCAGCUACUGAGUCAUCUACUCCAGCCACUGAAUCGUCUUCUCCAGCCACUGAAUCGUCUUCUCCAGCCACUGAGUCAUCUACUUCAGCUACUGAAUCAUCUACUCCAGCUACUGAAUCAUCUACUCCAGCCACUGAAUCGUCUACUCCAGCUACUGAGUCAUCUACUCCAGCUACUGAGUCAUCUACUCCAGCUACCGAGUCAUCUACUCCAGCCACUGAAUCGUCUACUCCAGCCACUGAGUCAUCUACUCCAGGAAGUUCAUCGUCCGCUCAAGCUACUGAAUCGUCUUCUCCAGCCACUGAGUCAUCUACUCCAGGAAGUUCAUCGUCCGCUCAAGCUACUGAAUCAUCUACAAUCGCUGAGUCUUCUCAUACCAUCCCAACUCAUUCAACCACCACCGUGGUGAUCACGUCGUGCUCAGAGAAUAAAUGUGAAUCUUCCACUAUCACUACUGGUGUCACUGUUGUUACCGAAGGAACUACCAUUUAUACUACUUACUGUCCUUUGACUGAAGAGAGCUCUUCGUCAGUCCCAACAUCAAAAGGAUCACCAGCUCCAGGAACUUUAACAACACCAACAGCUUCAGCUACUUCAUCACCAGCUCCAGGUAGUCAACCAAGUACUGCAUCAUCUGCUCCAACUGGCCCACAAGGUACUGCAUCAGUUGCUCCAGGUGGUCAACCAGGUACUGCAUCAGUUGCUCCAGGUAGUCAACCAAGUACUGCAUCAUCUGCUCCAACUGGCCCACAAGGUACUGCAUCAGUUGCUCCAGGUGGUCAACCAGGUACUGCAUCAGUUGCUCCAGGUAGUCAACCAAGUACUGCAUCAUCUGCUCCAACUGGCCCACAAGGUACUGCAUCAGUUGCUCCAGGUGGUCAACCAGGUACUGCAUCAGUUGCUCCAGGUAGUCAACCAAGUACUGCAUCAUCUGCUCCAACUGGCCCACAAGGUACUGCAUCAGUUGCUCCAGGUGGUCAACCAGGUACUGCAUCAGUUGCUCCAGGUAGUCAACCAAGUACUGCAUCAUCUGCUCCAACUGGCCCACAAGGUACUGCAUCAGUUGCUCCAGGUGGUCAACCAGGUACUGCAUCAGUUGCUCCAGGUAGUCAACCAAGUACUGCAUCAUCUGCUCCAACUGGCCCACAAGGUACUGCAUCAGUUGCUCCAGGUGGUCAACCAGGUACUGCAUCAGUUGCUCCAGGUAGUCAACCAAGUACUGCAUCAUCUGCUCCAACUGGCCCACAAGGUACUGCAUCAGUUGCUCCAGGUGGUCAACCAGGUACUGCAUCAGUUGCUCCAGGUAGUCAACCAAGUACUGCAUCAUCUGCUCCAACUGGCCCACAAGGUGCUACAUCAGUUGCACCAGGUAGUCAACCAGGUACUGCAUCAGUUGCACCAGGUGGUCAACCAGGUACUGCAUCAGUUGCACCAGGUGGUCAACCAGGUACUGCAUCAUCUGCUCCAGCUGGCCCACAAGGUACUGCAUCAACAGCUGCUUCAGGACCAGCACAUAAUGGCGGAUCUCAAAGUGUUGCAGGUCCAUCUUCAUCUGCUCCUCAAGUUUCACAAGCUCCUUCAGAGAGUGGAAACGGAAACACUGCUGCUGUAUCUACAUACGAGGGUGCUGGUGUAAAGAACUCCGUUGGUGCUCUUUUGAUUGGUGCUGCUGUAUUGUUGCUUUAA